GGACAGACGCUUCCUUGGUGGUUGGUGGUUGGUGUGCUGCUUUACCGUCGGCAUGUUCAUGCUCUGGUUCAUGACAGAAGAACAAUGAUCGACGAGGAAUGCUCGAGGAGGUCUACUGGCCCGUCAGUGGGUGGAAGAUUUGGUUUACCCUGUACAGACGGCCAAGGAGGGUGGAGUAAAGUGCGUCGAACACUCAACAACAGGUAGUUAGCAAGCAGUCAUUACGAACUAACUAGCUAUCCCAGAUUGAUUCUAAGCCCUCUCCCUCUCCCCGUGUUCUCAAUGAAUUGGAUCACCAAUGCCUUUUUGAGCCUCUUUUAUUUGGGAGUGUUCGGUCCGGAAUCUUCCGAGCAACAUGCUCGUCUACUUGAACCGCCAUCCAGAGCUUCCAUGUGGAGGGUGGGAUUUCCCAAUCCCAGGGAUGAAGAUGACAACCAAGGCUAUUGUGGAGGUUUCGGCGUUCAAUACCACAAGAACAAUGGGAAAUGUGGCAUUUGCGGGGACCGCUGGGACGACGAGCCACGUCAACAUGAGGCUCCCCAUGGGAUCUUCGCCAACGGCUUGAUCACCCGCCGCUACAAGCAGGGCUACAUCAUCCCCGUGGUAGUGGACGUGACAGCUAACCACAACGGACAUUUCGAGUUCAAACUCUGUCCCAACGAUAACAUCUUCCGGGACCCGACUCAGGCUUGCUUCGACCAAUUCCCACUGCGAACCUCGGAAGGAUACAAGUAUCCCAUUUUUGGAUCCGAUGGGAUCGGCUACCAACAAUUGUAUGUGGAACUGCCUCUGACCGUGACGUGUGAGCAAUGCAUCCUCCAAUGGACCUACGUAGCCGGGAACAAUUGGGGCACUUGCGACAAUGGCACAUCCGGCGUGGGCUGUGGACCCCAGGAGCAUUUCCGCUCUUGCGCCGAUAUUCAAAUCCAGCCUCGGCCUCUGUUGACGCAAUUCCUCAAGCCCAAUGGCGACUCCUCUUCGGUUGAGUUGAGCGCUAAAGACAACCUGGGCUUCGAUCGCAACGUGUUCCCCGAGGAUCAAGAGGCGGCCUUGAGACGGAAGAAGCUUUAUCUCCAAACCAUCUUGGCCAAAGUUAAGGAGAUGAUCCUGGUCACCGAGCAAAGUGAGUCCAAGAACGACCAAGACUUGGGCAUGGAAAAGGGCUUAGAGAAAAUGAGAGAGGAGGAACUGCAAGAAAAGAUCUUUGCUCCCGCCAACGACCAUCAAAACGACCUGGACUAUGGUCCAGUGGACAAUGAUGCCGCCCAUUGGGAUGAUGGCGAUCCCAAUCCGUGGUGGGCCAAGAUCAUUUCAAACAAGCACUAGGAUGGAUCAUUUUUA